AUGUUCGCGUUACCGAGUGCCAAACGGGUCUGCCGCGAUGAUUUGAAGUCCCCCGCGUCGUCUCGGGCCUCGUCGCCUGAGAGUACGGCAGCUACGUAUGCCGCCACCGCACUGGAGAAGGCCUUUUCGUCCUUUGAGACGUUCAAUUCGAAGCCGGCCGCUGCGUCUGAGGGAUUAGAUCGUCCACCGCAGGAUACCAGGAUGGACGAUGAUGCAGAGGAGGAAGAACAGGAGUUUGAGUUCCGGCUCUUCAGCUCUGUGGCCGCCAGAAAGCCUGCGGACGAAUCUCAAUCGAGAACAAAGGAACACGACGGGACCGGUUUGGGAGGAGUCCAAAAAUUAAAGAUACGGUUACGGUCUCCUUCGCCUUCAGCUCGUCCGCCGGGGGAUAGUGGUUUCAUUGUACCGUUUCGAGGAUGGGACUACUACUUUUCUAACCCGGAGAUGGUGAUGCGAGCGGUGGGGGAUAGCUCGUGGCAGAGAGGAGCCAGAGACAAGGAUACAUCCGAACAACUUGUCGCGCUGAGAGAUACAUUCAGGGAUGCAGCCGUGGAUGGGGAGACUGUCCUUGCCCGCGCUGCUUCGGUGGCCUGGCCUGGUUGCCGUCUUCCGUGGAGAGUGGUACAUAUUCCUGCACCAAAGCCAAAGUCAGCUUCAAGUACGACACCUCCUGCCAAGUCACAAUCUCUAUCCAAGAAAAAGAAGCCGGGCAAGAAGAGACGGAUAGCACUGCGGAAGCGUGUUGUCAGUAAAAAGGAGGCCGAGGAAGCCGAGAAAGAAAAGCGGAACCGGAAGAACAGAGAGAGAAAGGUGAAGCGGAGGCAGAAAGAGAGAGACAAGAAAGCCGCGGCCAGGGAGGCUGCAGGCGAAGAUGAGCCUGUAGCUGCUGCUGCUGCUGCUGCUACAGGUGCUACCCCUGAUGAGACGGCUGAUAAGCCGUGA